AUGGCUCGUGGUAACGGGUGCUGCAGCUCGUUUUGUAAGUGUUUCUUCGAAUACGAAACAGCCAGAGUUCUGGUGAUCCAAAACAAGUGCGUGGGAACAAUCAACAGACUUAUUCAGGCAUCCAUCGUCAGUUACGUGAUUGGGUACGUAUGUGUGAUCCAGCAGGGUUACCAGGACACCGAUUCUGUCAUCAGCUCUGUCACCACAAAGGUGAAGGGCACCGCCUUGGCCAACACCUCUGACCUGGGUGUCCAGGUGAUGGACGUGGCCGAUUACAUCAUCCCACCUCAGAUGGAGAGUUCUUUCUUCGUUCUGACAAACAUGAUCGUCACCCCUAACCAAACACAGACGACCUGCCCUGAGCUCCCAAACCCGUCCACCAUUUGCACUUCAGACAGCGACUGCACCGCUGGGUUCAGUAACCCCCGCGGCAACGGAAUCCAAACAGGAAAGUGUGUGAAUUAUUCAGACACUAUCAAGACGUGUGAAGUGGUGGCUUGGUGCCCGUUGGAAAUAGACACAAACCUGCCCAAGCCCGCAUUGCUAGCAGGAGCUGAAAAUUUCACCGUUCUCAUAAAAAACAGCAUCCGAUACCCCAAAUUCAACUUCAACAAACGGAACAUCCUGCCCCAUAUUAAUUCCUCCUACCUGAAACGCUGCACCUUCGACCGCGUCACCAACCCCCACUGCCCCAUCUUCCGUCUCAAAGACAUCGUCACGGAGGCCGGCGAGGACUUCCAGACCAUGGCCGUUAACGGCGGUGUGAUGGGGAUCCUGAUCGACUGGAGCUGUGACCUGGACCUGUCGGAGAAGAAGUGCAUCCCCAAAUACACCUUCCGCAGGCUGGACAACAAGAACCCCGACAACAACGUGGCCCCCGGGUACAACUUCAGGUUUGCCAAGUAUUAUAAAGAUUGUGAUGAUACAGACACAAGAACACUCAUCAAAGCUUACGGGAUCCGCUUUGAUGUUAUCGUUUUUGGCAAGGCUGGUAAAUUCGACAUGGUGCCCACACUGGUGAACAUUGGCGCAGCACUUUCCUUUCUCAGCUUGGUGAAUGCUGUCUGUGAUUGGGUCGUCCUGACUUUCCUGACAAAAAGAGACUACUACAGCAAACAUAAAUUCAUAUAUGUGGAUGAAAAGGAAGAUACGGUGAGUGAGAUGUGUUGUGAGGGACUGUCGAAUGCCACCCUCUCCUUUGCUACUCUCUGA